CAGCUGGAUUUUGUUCUUCCACCGGUGACCAUGAAAAGUGCUGUCUUCUGAAAUGGACCAUUUACUUGCGUCACGCCGCGGAAGACAGUUCUAAUCUUGCAAGUGUAUACAACGAACAAUAAAAUGCCAAAUAACAUACAACAAUAUAACUAUUGACUCAUUGAUUCACAAUUGACUUUCCUGUGUUAACGUUGGCACCUUUUUGGGAGGACAGAUGACUGAGUGGUUGCGUAAAAUAUUUCACACACAGUAUCUGGGUUUUGUAUAUGUUCACAUGGAGUUUCUUUUUAGCACAGAAAUUGUAGCAAGUGUGUGGCUAUGAUUGCUUUGAACCAUCCGCUGUAGAUUGUAGUACCAGAUGGAAACUGAGUCCACACCACUUUUGCUGCAGCCAGCUCCGUGGGAUCCUCGACGUAGUACAAUUGCGGGUGGUUUGGUACUAGUGACUCUAACAUUGGAACGCCUAGCAUUUUAUGCAUUAGUAGCCAAUCUUUUCCUCUUUUUAAGUCUGGGAGGAUGGUCACCUCGUGGGUCAAUGACAGCAGUGCUUAUUCUGGUAGGGGUAUCACACUUUUCAGCCCUAGGUGGAGGAUGGCUUGCUGAUGGAUUAGUAGGUAGAUACUGGGCUCUUGUUAUUGGUCUAUCUCUUUAUGUGAUUGGAUUCACAUUGCUAACCAUAAUGGCUAGUGGUGUCCUCUGCCAUUGGAGCCCUGCAUCAUCAUCUUGUGUGUCUGAAACAUAUGGCAUCUUAAUUUGUGUGGGAAUUGCUGGAGGAACUGUGCGUGCUAAUAUACCAUCAUUUGGAGCAGAGCAGGUGAAGUAUGGUGGUGCUGAUUCUCUACGAAAGUUUUUUAAUUGGUACUACUGGUGUGUCAACACUGGAAGCCUGUUGGGUGUUGGAGCACUGUCUUAUGUUGCACUGGACAUGACAGAUGGAUUCCUGCGAGCAUUUGCUGGAGCAGGUGGCUGUUUACUGAUGGCUCUGAUGCUUUUUGCUUUUGGUCGCCCCUAUUACAUAGUUCAUCGGCCAGCUGGAUCAGUUCUUAGGUCCAUACUGUGCAUUCUCCAUGAUGCAAUUGGUGGCCGCUGUUGUCAGCCAAGGCAAACCAGCAUACAGAGCUCUCCAGUAUUGGAACGUCAUAGUAAUUUGGUGUCCCAGCAAUCAGUUGGUCAUCGGAACCCAGCACCCACAGCACAGUCCCCAUCAUGGCUCGACUAUGCCAAGAUUCGUUAUGGGGGCAGCCAUCACGAUUCUGCUGUGGAGGAUGUUAAACGUUUGGGAAUAAUCCUUCUCCUCUUCUUCUGUCUACUUCCUUAUUGGCUUGUUUUUUUCCAGAUAGAGACAGGAUUCCAGGAACAGGGGCUGCAUUUAAAAAUUGGCUUUCCUCAAGAUGGCAAGGCUAGCAAUUUCAAUAUGCCCACAGCAUGGCUGAGUCUGUUUGAUCAAGUAUUCAUCCUGGCAUUGAUUCCACUUAUGAAUGGUGUUGUAUAUCCAACUCUUGAUAAGAUUGGGGUUCGUGUGUCCCUUCUCACAAGAAUUGCGAUAGGAAUGGGUUUCAGUCUUCUGGCAGCAGUGUCUGCUGGAGUGCUAGAGUUUUUCUCUGUUCAGCGGUGGAGAGAGGGGCAUGGAAUUAUUCAGGUGAUUCACAACUGGACAUAUAAUGCUAGUGAUAUUUCCCUGCUGUGGCAGGUACCUCAGUAUUGUUUAGUGGGGUCAGCAGAGGUCUUUGCAGGUGUUGCUGGUCUGGAAUUUGCAUAUUCUGCUGCUCCGCGCCCACUACAGGGUGUAGCUAUGGGGAUGUUCUCUGCUAUGGAAGGUGUAGGGUCUCUGCUGGGUACAACACUUAUCUCAGCACUGAGUCCUGUGUGGAUUAGACAUGACUCUCAACACUUCCAAGGUCAUCUAGAUUACUAUUUCUUCCUGCUGGCAGGAAUCCAGGGAGUAGCAUUUGUUUUUUUUGCCAGCUGGUUGCUGGUUAGGAGAUAUCGUAUUGUCAGGCAAGAAAUUCCAGUAGGUAUUACAACUUAG